AUGAGAUUUCUUCAACCAUUCAACACAUUGGGUAGUGGCGAUCCACAUAUUUCAACUCUUGACUCGACCACGUACACUUUCAACGGCCACGGUGAAUUUACUCUGCUGAACGCACUGAAUGACAUCUUCAUCUUACAAGCAAGAGCGGCUCCUCUCGUUGGAACGUCUGAUGCAACGGUGUUUGUUGCCAUGGCAGUACGAUUUGGUGAUAGUGAUGUCAUUCAUGUUCAAACCAAUGAACGCAGGGUUCUUGAUGUUUAUGUCCGACUAGCCGGGGAUGGACAAAACUUCACAAGGAUUGAAUUCGAUCAGGCUUCUCGAUGGUCAUAUUCAGGGGUCUCGGUAACCGGUCGCAACAUUACCUCAGAUGGAAUCAUUGUAUCUUUUGACGGAGGGGUAGGGCUAAAUAUAAAAGCAUUCGAAGGAGCAAUGAGCAUUUUUCUCGUAGCUCCAGACUCCUUCCGGGGUCUGACGCAAGGGUUGAUGGGAACGUGGAAUGGUAAUGCCAGUGACGAUUUCCUAACUCCUCAGGGAUCUAUCCUCUCACCUGAUCUGACUACUGAGCAGUUGCACUACCAGUUUGGACUAUUAUGGGAAAUCGGUGCCGCAAAAUCAGUGUUCUAUUACGAACCGGGCAAGGACCACGAAUUUCAUACCAACCGCCAUUACAUUCCUGUCUUUGAGCCUGUCGCCAACCCUUCUGUAGACCAGAGCCUUGUGGUAGAAGUCUGCGGUACGAACCCGUUCUGUAUCUUCGACUACCAGACAACGGGGUCGCAGAGUUUUGCACAGAAUACCGUGAAGUCCCUCGUGCAGUAUCAGCAGGCAGUUGACAACAGAGCAUCGUUCGUGAGUUGCCCAAGUCUUCCCGCCCCUGCUAAAGGAAGAGCCAUCGUGGCGACCUACAAGGCAGGGGGCGUGGCCAGAUUCGUGUGCGAUGCCAGCUUCGAACUGAGUCAUGUGGUCAACUUAACCUGCCAAUCAAAUGGUACUUGGAGUCAUGGCGAUAUCCCGACAUGCAUGGGUGAUGCAUCCGGGCAGACAAAGACUACGCCCUCUAGGACAGGGACGCCACUUGUUCUUUCGAGGCCUGCGAUCAUCGGAAUAUAUGGGGGAACGGUGAUUCCGAUCGGUGUGAUCGUGCUAGUCGUCAUUUUGAUCUGCAGACCAAAGAAACGUCCACCGUCGAGCAGAAAGGUGAACCCUUCAACAGACCAGGCUGAAGUUCAGGAAAACCCUAAGAACGGCCAUGCUUAGUCUUGGCAAUAAACUUCAAAAAAGACGAGUGGAUCGACGCGUGAAGCUACUGGUUUAUUUUAAUCUCUGCAAACGCACGCGUGUAUGGGCAGAUAACUCUUUCGAUGCUUUGUAUUGGGCUCUUUUUACUUUUCAUGAUUUGUAUUUCAUUCUCUUUUUCCAAUUCCAGAAAUCGUUUUGUUGCUAUUGAUUUAGAGCAUACACAAUGUAUUAUACACCUCUUUUUAGUAUGUUGAAUAAACCUAGUCAUCUAUGUGGUCGAAAUUGGAGUCGUGAUUUUAGCCAUGCCCGCAAAAUUCAGGCAAAUUUCUAGCGAAGAUUAACAGACAGUGUCUCAAAUUAUCUGUAAUGUACAAAUCAUUGCUCCAGAAAAGGAUAAUAAGGCAAGAAUUCUUUGUAGAAUAUUUUGUGAAUUCGGUUUACAAUGUAUAUAAUAAUGUAUCAUGUUUAAUUGGUAAAUUGUACUGUCUUUGAAAGUUUGUAAAUCACUUUUUAAUUUCUAAUCGCUUUCCAUUUGCCGUCUUACUUUCAUCAUCAUUCCUCUUCUCCAUGUAUUCACAGUUCCAGCUGUUCCAUUCUUCUCAUACCACUC